UUAACGACUGCACAACACACUGACAGAGAUGAUCUUGACGACAACAACACUUCUAGGCUCAGCGGUAUCUCUUUGUCCUUAAAUAGCAUUCAACCUUUCAGCAAUAUGUAGGCAUAGCAAGUAUUGCGAGUAGCUAACCAUCCAACUGGUGUUAUCUAUCCCCACUGCCGUCGCGCUAGCCGAGAUAGCAGGCCUAGCUGUCAAGGGGCAUCACAACAAACAAGCCACCUCCUGAACCAGUGACGAAACUACAUCGCGCUCCCUCUCUAUUUCGUGCAACUUCACUACCCUUCCUCUACCUGCUGCAGAAUUUGAGAAAAUGGCAUCGAUAGCUGCGGCGUCCGAGCCGAGCAUAGGCACAGUCCCUAUGCUUACUGAGAGUCCGGUGCCUGCUAGCAUAUUCGCACCAGAUCAGGGAUGCGAGGAGGACGAUGCAGGGGAGGACUGCUUUGACGACGGCGAGCCUUUCAACGGAGAGGGCGGGGAUCAUGGAGUAGAUUUCUCUAGUAAGCUGGCACUGGUGAGCCCCAACGGUGAGCAGUAUGAUGCCCUGCUGAGGCAGCUGAGGGAGAGGAUGGACGAGGGCUGCGGAGAGACCAUCUAUGUGGUGGGAGUGGGCUCAGAUGGAGGGGAGUACGGGCUGAACGAGAGCGACAUGGAGGCGUCGGUGGCCACGGUGCAGUCGCUGUGCGAGCAGAUCGAGGGCGACCUGAUCCCGCUGCGCGAGAGGAGCGAGGUGGGGGGGCAGGUGCGCGACUACCUCAUCCGCCGCCGCGUCGGGGAGGCCGACUUCCUGGAGGUCAGGGUGGCGGUGGUGGGUAAUGUGGACGCGGGGAAGAGCACGCUGCUGGGUGUCCUGACCCAUGGCGAGCUGGACAACGGACGUGGCUUCGCCCGCCAGAAGCUCUUCCGCCACAAGCACGAGAUGGAGAGCGGACGCACCAGCAGCGUGGGCAACGACAUCCUGGGCUUCGACCAGGAAGGGCAGGUGGUCAACAAACCGGACAGCCACGGAGGCAGCCUGGACUGGACCAAGAUCUGCGAGAAGUCCUCUAAGGUGAUCACCUUCAUCGACCUGGCUGGCCAUGAGAAGUACCUGAAGACCACCGUGUUUGGAAUGACUGGACACCUACCGGACUUCUGCAUGCUGAUGGUUGGCAGCAAUGCAGGAAUUGUGGGCAUGACAAAAGAGCAUCUGGGCUUGGCACUGGCUUUGAAUGUACCCGUGUUUGUGGUGGUCACUAAGAUCGACAUGUGCCCGGCCAACAUCCUUCAAGAAACACUAAAGCUUCUGCAGAGGUUGCUGAAAUCUCCUGGAUGCAGGAAGAUCCCAGUUCUCGUGCAGAAUAAGGAUGACGUCAUCGUCACGGCAUCCAAUUUCAGCUCUGAGAGAAUGUGUCCAAUCUUUCAGAUCUCCAACGUGACAGGAGAGAACAUGGACCUUCUAAAGAUGUUUCUCAACCUGCUUUCUUCAAGAACGUCUUUCAAGGACGACGAGCCUGCUGAGUUUCAAAUUGAUGACACCUACUCCGUACCAGGUGUGGGAACAGUAGUAUCUGGAACUACGCUACGCGGAUUGAUACGACUGAACGACACCAUGCUCCUCGGCCCAGACCCUCUAGGAAGUUUCCUACCCAUCGCGGUCAAAUCCAUCCACAGAAAAAGGAUGCCUGUGAAGGAAGUGCGGGGAGGACAGACUGCAUCUUUUGCACUGAAAAAGAUCAAGCGUUCCUCGAUACGGAAAGGGAUGGUGAUGGUGUCUCCAAAGCUGAGCCCACAGGCCUCCUGGGAGUUUGAGGCUGAGAUCCUGGUGCUGCACCAUCCAACCACCAUCUCCCCACGCUAUCAGGCCAUGGUGCACUGUGGAAGCAUACGGCAAACGGCCACCAUCCUGUCCAUGAACAGGGACUGCCUGAGGACGGGCGACAAGGCCUCCGUUCACUUCCGCUUCAUCAAGACGCCCGAGUAUCUGCACACAGAACAGAGGCUGGUGUUCCGAGAGGGAAGGACGAAAGCCGUGGGGACCAUCACCAAGCUACUGCAGUCGACCAAUAACCAGCCCUCCAACUCCAAACCUCCACAAAUCAAGAUGCUCUCCACGAAAAAAGCCCUGCCUCGCCGCGAGGACGGGACGAUACCGGGCAGUGAGGACGCUCUGAAUGCAACACUCCCUUCUGUUCCAUUCACGAUACCACCGCAGACGGAGGGGGAGGAGGACCCCCAGAGUAAAGAAGGCAACAAAGAGAACAAGCCCAGGUCUGGCGGAGGCAGGAGACGAGGGGGCCAGCGUCAUAAAGGGAAAUCCCAAAACAACUGCUCCACAGCGACCCCUGCAGGCGCCACCGGGCCCAUCUAAACACACACACACACACACACACACACACACACACACACACACACACACACACACACACCCCUCGCUCAAAAAUGCCCAUCAUUCCCAUUCACCUCAUUAAGUGUCUUUAAAUGCUCAAAGUGCUGCGGAAGUUACAGAGAGCUCGCUUGGGACAGUCUUACCACGC